GCUCGCCGGUCACCGGCCACGCCGCCCACGUGAUGCCUGGGCGCUAUAAAUAGCCCCCCGGCAGCCUGGCCGCGGAGCAUCCGUGGGGAGGCCGGCGCGCCCCGCGCACUGGGUCUCACCCACCGCGUCCUGGCCCUGCCCGGCCUCGUGCGAAUGGAGGCGGUGGAGGCGGGACGCCUGCGCGCCGACGCUGCCUGCCGCUGACCAGCCCGGGAUUUAUGGAGAGAGCCUCAGAGGGCCACUCUGAGCGCCGCUGCGGCCAGCAUUGCUGCCGCGCCUGCUGCUGAGACCCCACGCCUCCGGCCCUCACCAUUGCCCUCGCCCGCCCAUGGCCCCCGCCGCCCGGCCCGGGGCCGGCUCUGCCGCCUGAGCCCCCUGCCCCCUUCCAGGACUCGCCGUACCCCGAUGGGGUAACGUGACGGAGGCCCCGUGUCACAGCCGCCUGCUCCCACCCCAAGGCCGCCCCGUUGGUUCAGUUCGAGUUCGUUCUUCCUUUGGUCCUUGGGGGUUUGGGGCCUUUGAGUGAAGGCGGCCGUCGACCUGUCCACGGAUGCAGACGGGGCGUCCCCAGCGACAGGACAGCGCUGGCCACGGCCGCAGCGGCCGGACUCACUUUGGGCUUUUUAAAGAUUUCUUUGCUGACUGUUUUUGGUUGUCGUUAUUUUUGCUUUUGCCCCCUUGUAAUUAUCCAGCUCCGAGAGACAGGAGCUUGGACUGGUUCGUUUUACUUCCGGGGGGCUCUUUCGUUCCUUUCGUUUUUUAAAGAUUUGGGUUUUCUUUUUUAAUUAUCCACCCGUUAAUCCGGGCAGCAUCCUCCCCCCUCCCAAGUAUUUGCACAAUAUUUGUGCGCGGUGUUGGGGGGCAGGUUUUUAAAGAAGCAUUUUCUCUCUCUUGGACAAGCACAGGGAUCUCGUUCUCCUUGGGUUCUGGGGGGCUGCUGGGGCCUUCUCCCACCCGCGUCCCCGACCCUGCCUGCAGCCCCGUCCCGGGCGCUGCCCCGCCUUCGGGGUGCAGCCAUGGCGCGGAUGAACCGGCCGGCCCCCGUGGAGGUCAGCUACAAGAACAUGCGCUUCCUCAUCACGCACAACCCCACCAACGCCACCCUCAGCAGCUUCAUCGCGGACCUGAAGAAGUACGGGGCCACCACCGUGGUGCGUGUGUGCGAAGUGACCUACGACAAGGCCCCACUGGAGAAGGACGGCAUCACCGUCGUGGACUGGCCGUUUGACGACGGGGCGCCUCCGCCCGGCAGAGUGGUGGAGGACUGGCUGAGCCUGCUGAAGACCAAGUUCUGUGACGACCCCGGCAGCUGCGUGGCUGUGCACUGCGUGGCCGGCCUGGGACGGGCUCCGGUCCUCGUGGCUCUGGCCCUCAUCGAGAGUGGGAUGAAGUACGAGGACGCCAUCCAGUUCAUCCGACAGAAGCGGCGUGGAGCGAUCAACAGCAAACAGCUCACCUACCUGGAAAAAUACCGGCCCAAGCAGAGACUGCGGUUCAAGGACCCGCACGCGCACAAGACCAAGUGCUGUGUCAUGUAGCUCAGGACCCUGGCGCCCUGGCCUCGGGCUCAGCGGGGCUCCGUCUCCCUCCUCUCCAGAUGCCUCGCACACCCGCCACCAACGGUCCGGCCCGCCCCACGCGCCCUUUGCUGUCUCCUGUCACCGUCCGCCUGCGUCUCUG